UGACCUGAUUUGACGCUGCUCUACCUACACUUGGCUAGUUACUAAUAUUCAAAAUCAAUUAGCAUUAAGAUAUUGGCUUGUUUUAGUGCUCAAAAUUGAGGUUCAGACUUAAAGUGAUUCAUAAACUCUUAUCCCCACAGUAUCCAUCUCAGAGACGACAGCAUCCAUGGCCCUCUGGAAACCAGUAGUUGUCUUGUUGCUGGCCUGUGUGUCCUGGCAACGGGGGGCUACGGAGGACCUCCGCAGUUUCAAGGAGCAGCUCAGUGACUGUCUGGGGGACGAGGACUACCAGGAGCUUCUGGACAUCAGUAUCCAUGGCCUCCCCCCUGCACAGACCCCUCGGCACGUGGUGGUCGUGGGCGCCGGCAUGGCCGGCCUGACCGCUGCCAAACUGCUGCAGGACGCGGGACACCAGGUGACGGUGCUGGAAGCUAGUGGGAGGGUGGGCGGGAGGGUGGAGACCUACAGACACCAGAAAGAGGGCUGGUAUGCUGAACUUGGAGCCAUGAGGAUUCCAAGCUUCCACCAGAUUGUGCUGUACUACGCCCAUGUGCUUGGCGUGGCAUUGGGUCAGUUUGUGAUGUAUGACCCCAACACCUUCUACCUGGUCAACGGGCAGCGUGUGAAGACCGACGCAGCGCGGAGAAACCCCGCCCUCCUCAAAUACAACAUCACCCGUAAGGGGAAGGCCCUGUCGGCUGAUCAGCUGCUGGAUCAGGCCUUAAAGACGGUAAAAGACGCAGUGAGACAUGAAGGAUGUGCGGCAACCUUUAAGAAAUAUGACCAGUAUUCUGUCAAGGGAUAUUUGGUUCAAGUGGCUAAUCUGAGUUCUGAGGAGGUGAGGAUGAUAGGAGACCUGCUGAAUGAGAACAGCUGGAUGUACACCGCCCUCACCGAGAUGCUCUACGAACAAGCAAAUCUCAACGACAACAAUGAGUAUUUUGAGGUGGUGGAUGGCUCAGAUCGUCUCCCUCAAGCCUUGCAUAACGUCCUGGCUAAACCCGCCCAGCUAAACUCUCCGGUCAAACAAAUCACCCACUCAGACACUGGUGUUGAUGUAUUUUACCUGAAGGGUAAAGACUCAGAUCCGACCAAGCUGUCUGCUGACGCAGUCCUGGUCACGACCACAGCCAAGGCAGCUCGCUUCAUAGAAUUUGACCCCCCACUAACCCCAGGAAAGAGGCAUGCACUGAGCAGCGUUCACUACGACAGCUCCACCAAGAUCAUCCUCACCUUCAGCCGAAGGUUCUGGGAGGAUGACUGCAUCAAGGGGGGGAAGAGCAUCACAGACCGCCCCUCUCGCUUCAUCUACUACCCCAGCCACGGCUUCCCCCAGAACCCAGACAUCGGCGUGCUGCUGGCCUCCUACACCUUCUCUGAUGACUCUCUGCUCUUCCAGGGCCUGGGGGAGGAGGAGCUGAAGGAGGUGGCCCUGAAGGACCUGGAGCUCAUCCACGGGGAGCAGGUCUGGGACCUGUGCACGGGGGUGGUGGUGAAGAAGUGGAGCUCUGACCCCUACAGCCUGGGAGCCUACGCCAUGUUCACUCCCUACCAGCAUACUGAUUACUCGUCUGAGCUCUUCCAGUCCCAGGGCAGGGUUCACUUCGCUGGGGAACACACCGGCUUCACUCACGGAUGGAUUGAAACAGCCAUCAAGACGGCCAUCAGAGCUGCCAAGAACAUCAACACCCAGCUUCAAGACAGCUUCAUGUCCACUGAUAGAGAAGAGCUCUGACUCCAACACCAAGCUUCAAGAAAGCUUCAUGUCUACCGCUAGAGGAGAUCUCUAACUCUAACACCCAAGCAUUAUUUUGUUAUUAAUCACAUAUAUUAAAGCCUGAGAAUAUAGUACCUUCAUGUAAGCAGUACUAGGUCUUCAUUUGCAUGUGUAAGCCUUGAGAACAAAUCUAAAACCAAAAUUGGUGUCUGCUAUGAACUCUAAAGGUAACGAUAAUCGACCAAUCUGAGACUGCAGCCUACAUGCAUGCAAUAUCCUAGCUAUGCACCUAUUACGUCUCCUUUCCAAGUACUGUUACUUAACAUAAUAAGACACAGCCCAUCUGGAAAUGUAAACAUUGCACAUUUCAAUGAAACAGACGAUUAUUAAACAAAUGUUGUGCUUUGUGAUUAUCUAAAUUAACAAACUUAAACCAAUAUUACCAAAACUGCCCAAAUAUUGGCUUGUAUUAGUAUCCUAUCGAAUGUGCUGUCCAAACAACGAGUACUCGUUUUGUGUUUGCACUUUCUUUUUUUUACGUUGCACAAAGAAAUUCUGCGUCAGUUUCCGCCAAUGUACGCAGACUAAGGUCAUUUCAAGCUUCCUUUAAUAAAGAAUGAAUGAACAGAAUGGAUGUUUAAUGAAUAACUACAUCUGGAUAUUGAUUUACCUUGUGUGACCCUGUGUGACCGUUGAUUCUAGAGCAGUACAUUAUCCUUCUUAAUCCUUUUUUUCUUCCCUUUCAAUCACGGGUUGAAGCCUUCUGGGGUUGAGGUCAGGGUUUUGGGAAGGCCAUUCUGAAAGCUAGAUAUCUGCUUGAGCCAUUCUGAAAGCAUUAGGAUGUGUAAUGUAAUGGUCCUGCCAAAGUUUCCCUUCAACCUGUUGCCUAUCACAGGUCUAUUUUCCUGUCCAAACCUCCCAUCAUUCUGUUACUCAUCACAUGCCAUGACUUACAUGGCCUUUAAGAGUGUCCACUGUGGACCUCAAUUGGACACGCCUGUUAACAAUAACAAUGCACCACCUCGAUGACUUCUAAUCCAGUAUCUAAGCAGGGAAACAUACUUGAGGGCACAAACUGUGAAAUGGUUACUAUAGACUAGAUCAUCACUGAGAGCUUUACAGUGUCUUAGUGUUUCAUGUCUAAUGCAAACGUACAUAACAAAACCUCAUUCCCCUCCGAGUUGUGGGUGUCUAUCUUCCCACCUGCAACUCAUUCCUUGAUCACUCUCCCCCCAUGUAUACAAGUUCACCUCUUUUAUUUCCUUGUCAGUUCCUGGUUUUUGUCCCUUUAUCCUUUUGGUGCCCAACUUGUAGUGUUCUUCAGCCUGGUCAUGGAGCAGAUGUGUGG